GUUGGUGCCUUCGCCGCCUGCUGCCUGGCCAGACGGGGUUAUCAAGUGGAUGUUUACGAGAGGAGGACAGAUGCCCGGAGCCUAGAGCCGGAGCCUGGCCGCAGCAUUAGCGUGGACAUCUCUUGUCGAGGUUGGGAGGCCUUGAACUUGCUCGGCCUGUGUCAGCAGUUGGAAACCAGGGGAGUCCGUGUUUGGGCUCGCAUGAUCCACGACCGACAGGGUAACAAGACACGCAUCAAUUACGGCAAUAAACACCAGAAUAUCAUAGUCUUCAAGCGACAGUUGCUGAACCAGGUGUUGGUCGAAGCCGCAGAGAGGUGUGCCAAUGUGAGGCUGUUGUUUUCGCACAAGCUGGUCAGCUGUAACUUGGACACUGGGGAGGUCAUCAUAGACAGAGAACAUGGAGACCCAGUCCGAACAAAGGUGGAUCUGAUCAUUGGCGCAGAUGGGGCUUUUUCCAUGGUAAGGCAACAGAUGAUGAUGAAGUUGAGCAGAUUCGACUACCAGCAAAUGUUCAUUCCUCACGGAUAUAUGGAGCUUCGAAUCCCGGCCACGGAUGACUGCCAGUUUGCCAUGGAAGCAGGUUACCACCACCUUUGGCCUCGGGACCAAUACAUGAUGAUUGGCCAGCCUAACGAGGACAAGUCCUACACCGUGGUGCUGGUGAUGCCUUUCGCCAUGUACGACUCCAUUACCUCGGAGCAACAGCUGCUGGAACUCUUCAGAAGAGAUAUGCCGGAUGUUCUCCCCUUGAUCGGCGAAAAAACGCUCCUAUCCAGAUUUUUUUCACAGAAACUUCGCCCUCUGAUAUCAACAAAG